CACCAGAUGCAUUUUGGCGCACGCGACGGUCGCGGAGCAAUUCCAAUUGCAAAGGAAAAAGUGGCUUUUUUGGGCUGCUAUUCGAACCGUGUCUUGCUUGGCGCCAAGUUUUCUCCUUUGGGACUGCCAAGACAGAGCGCACGGAUCACAUAUUGA